GUAUGAUGUCUUCUUGAGUUUUUGUGGUCAGGAGUCAGGACACUCGCACGAACUUCACCGAUCACCUCUUUAACAAUUUGAUUCGGGAUGGGAUUAGCACUUUUAGAGACGACGAAGAGCUAAAAAGAGGAGAAAAUAUCUCUUCAGAACUGAUGGAAGCCAUUGAAAGUUCUAGGAUUGUCAUUAUCAUCUUCUCUAAGAAUUAUGCUUCUUCGACCUGGUGCCUUAGUGAGCUAGUGAAGAUCCUUGAUUACAAAAAACAUGGUCAAAUUGAAAAGGUUCUUCCUGUUUUCUACAAGCUGGAUCCAUCGGAUGUCAGGCAUCAGCAUAAUACUUAUGCGGAGGCAUUUAAGAAACAUGAAGAGCGUUUCAAAAAGGAGAGAAAAAAAGUUGAGACAUGGAGGUCAGCUCUCACAGAAGCUGCUAAUUUGGCAGGGUGGGAUCAAAGAAAUGUUGCAAAUGGGCAUGAGGCUGAGCUUACAAAGAUAAUUGUUGCAGAAGUGUGGGGAAUAGUGAACAAGCUAGGCUUGCAUGUGGCAGAUCAUCCAAUUGGGUUAGAUCCUCACAUUGAGCACAUUAAAUGUUUGCUAGACGAUGGUGGAUUGGGUGUUGUUCGCAUCAUAGGAAUAUAUGGCCUUGGUGGAAUAGGUAAGACAACUAUAGUGAAGGCAGUUUUCAACAUCAUGUUUGCUGAUUUUGAAGGUAGCAUCUUUCUUGCUGAUGUUAGAGAGGGCUCAAAACAAAAUGGUUUAGCUCUCUUACAAGAACAACUUCUUUCUGGUGUCUUGAAAAGAAAAGAGAUACACAUACACAAUGAGGACGAAGGAAUCAAUAUUAUCAAAGAACGUCUAUCCUGUAAAAGAGUUCUUAUUGUUCUUGAUGAUCUGGAAGAAACAAACCAUUUCUAUAAAUUGGUUGGAGGGCAUGAAUGUCUUGGUCUGGGAAGUCGAAUAAUCGUAACAACUAGAGAUAAACAUUUGCUAGAUAGUCUAGAUGUGGAUAAAAAAUAUAAAUAUAAAGUUGAGACAAUGAGUCCAAAUGAAUCUCUUCAACUUUUCAGUUCCCACGCCUUUCAACAAAAACAUCCAUUAGAAGACUAUGUGCAGCUCUCAAAUGAUGUGAUAUGUUACUCAGGGGGUCUUCCAUUGGCUCUUGUGGUAUUGGGUUCUCUUCUAUACAAAAGAAGUAAAGUUGAGUGGGAAAGUGAAUUGAACAAAUUAAGAAAGAUACCCAAUGGUCAGAUUUUAGAAAAACUUGAAAUUAGUUAUGAUGCAUUAGACGAUUUCAGUCAGACCAUAUUCCUUGAUAUAUCAUGCUUUUUCAUUGGUAAGGUCAAGAAAUUUGUAAUUACAAUUCUCGACGCAUGUGGCCUGGGCGGAGAAGCUAGAAUUAAACUUCUCACAGAGAGGUCUCUGCUAACAAUUGAUGAAUCUAAUACGCUAUGUAUGCAUGAUCUAAUUCAAGAUAUGGGAAGGGAAAUUGUUCGAAAACAGUCUCCUGGGAAGCUUGGAGGACGUAGUAGAUUGUGGGAUAUUGAUGAUGCCAUUGAUGUGUUGAUAAACCUCACUGGAACUGAUAUGGUUAAAGGCCUCCAAUUACACAUUGAUAAUUUUGAUGUGAAAGAUUUGGGGAACCUUGUCAUUCUUGAAAUGCAAGAUAGCGUACUCAAAGAAGUUUGGAAGGGAACCAAGUAUCUCACAAAGUUGAAAGAACUCAAUCUCAGUGGUUCAUGGAGCCUAACCUAUACGCCAGACUUCUCAGGGCUCCCAAAUCUUGAAAAACUGAUUCUCAAUCAUUGUAGAAGUCUGAUUGGAAUCCAUGGAAGUAUAAAAUGUCUUAAGAAACUUGUCAAUUUGGAUCUAAGUAUGUGUGAAAAUCUCAAGAAUCUUCCAAGUGGUAUUUCUUACUGCUCAAAACUUGAAACUCUGAACGUGUGGAAUUGCUAUCGACUCAAUUCACUCCCAAUGCUUCCAUCAAGUUUGCGUUCUCUUAAUGCAUCAGGUUGCGUCGAGUUGAAAUGGUUACCAAAUAUGUCUAACUUGAGAGACCUAAAGAUGUUAGAUCUUACAUGCUGUAAUAAGCUGAUUGAAAUUGAGUGCUUCCAGGCUUUGAAAUCUGCAACAACUAUAAACUUAGAUGAGUGCUUCAAUUUGAAAAGUUCUGCCAAGAAGAUAAUCUUUCAG